AUGGGGGAGGGCUGGGAGGAGGAGACAGCGGUGGGGGGGAUGGUGGAGGAGAUGGUGGAGGGCUGGGGGGUUGCCAUCGACGCUGGCACGUUCCACCCCAGGCUGUCCCGCUUCGGCCUCCUGGCUCCCGGCCUGCGCCGCCUGGUGAUCGACUGCCUGCGCCCCGACCCCGCAGACCGCCCCGUCGUGGCCGACGUGAUCCGCCGUCUGGCCGACCUGGAGCGCUCCCUCCGCCAGGCCAGCCCCGAACAGCGGAAGGCGGCGCUGGACUCCGAGGCGGCCGCGCUGGCCAUGCAGGAGAAGGCCAAGCUGGCCCAGGCGGAGGUGGACCGCCUGCAGGCACUGGCCUACGACCUGGUCGAGGAGGCCGAGGAGGCCGCCGAGAGCUUCCACUUGGACGACGGCGACCUGCUCCUCCCUGCCUUCUUCAUGGCUGACCGUAUGGCGGCAGAUGAGGCGCUGGUGGCGGAGAGGCUGGAGGAGGCAGACAUGGCGACGCUCCAGGAGGCGGAGGCCGCCGGUGUAGAGCGAGAGUUCUCGUUGGGGGCGAAGCUGGGGGCCGCCUGGAAGGCGUGGGAGGAGCGCGCCGUCGCCGUCGCUGAGGACGCCGCGGCGUCCGGCGCUGGCGUCGACGCCAGGCGCAUCACGGCGGUGCACGCGCCUGAUGGCGGCGUCGCCCCCUGCCCCUCUGUCGCCGCCUCUCCCAAGGUCGCCGCUUCGAUCACCACCCCGCGUGCCCCUGUCCCCGUCGCCGCCGACGUCCCCGCAGCGGCCGACUUCAUCGCCGCACGGUGCACCCUCCUUUCCGAGCCUGCAGCGCCCGGCACGGCCGGACCCCACCCCACCGCCAGAUGCUUCAACGCUGCUACCAAGCGGCAGGCGCUGGCCGAGCGCCACUUCACCAACGAGCGCGCUGUGCUGCUGGGCGGCGACAAGCGCCACACCACCGUCGUCCUGUACUGA